GUGGUUUGUAUUCGGUAAAUGAGGUUAAGUAUUUGAGGACAAUUUGUAGAGGAUGAGAAGGGAUUAAAAAAUUAUUAUUGGAGACUCAUUGAAGAGUGGUGGUACCGAUAAAUAUUUAAUUACUACAGAACUUAUAAAAAUGUAUCAUGCAGUAGUAAAUUUUGAAACACGCAGAACUGUAAUUAAUACCGACUAAGUGUUAACUCUAUAGUAGUGUAGUGACUUAAAUUAUGGAUAAGUGGCCGAAAGACGUUGGUAUUUUAGCUCUAGAAUUGUAUAUACCCUCUUUAUAUGUUGACCAGGCAGAAUUAGAGGAUUAUGAUGGAGUUUCAAGUGGAAAGUACACUAUUGGUUUGGGCCAACAGAAAAUGGGGUUCUGUACGGACCGGGAAGAUAUUAAUUCGUUAUGCCUUACUGUGGUUCAAAAAUUAAUGGAAAACUACAAUAUAAAACCACAAGAUAUUGGGCGUUUAGAAGUGGGCACUGAAACUAUCAUUGAUAAAUCUAAAAGUGUAAAAACAGUUUUAAUGCAACUGUUUGAACCUUUUGGAGUAACAGAUAUAGAGGGUGUAGAUACAACAAAUGCGUGUUAUGGGGGUACAGCGGCAUUGAUCAAUGCUAUUUCGUGGAUUGAGUCAUCUUAUUGGAAUGGCAGAUAUGCUCUUGUAGUAACAGCUGAUAUAGCAGUGUACGCAAAAGGAUCAGCUAGACCAACAGGCGGUGCUGGCUCCGUCGCCAUGUUAUUGGGACCAAACGCUCCUUUAGUUUUUGACCGAGGACUCCGAGCGACGUAUGUAAAACAUGCUUAUGAUUUUUACAAACCGGAUCUUACUUCAGAAUACCCUGUAGUUGAUGGAAAAUUGUCUAUACAAUGUUAUUUGAGUGCAUUAGAUAUUUGCUAUGGACUUUAUAAGAAAAAAGUAGUAGAAAAACAGAACACUACUGUCAAUUUAAAUGAAUUUGACGCUGUAAUAUUUCACACUCCAUAUUGUAAACUUGUUCAAAAAUCUGUGGGCCGUCUAGCGUUUAACGAUUUCCUUGAUAAUUCUGAUAACUAUCCGGAAUUAGAGAAAUUCAAAAAAGUUAAGUUGGAAGAAAGUUAUUUCGAUAGAGAUGUAGAGAAGGCUUUUGUUCAAGCUAGUAAAGAAGCUUUCACUAAAAAAACUCAACCAUCACUGCUUAUGGCAGCUCAAGUAGGAAAUAUGUACACUUCUUCACUUUAUGGUGGCUUGGUAUCCUUAUUAAUUAAUAAGAAACCUUCAGAAUUAAUCGGCAAUAAAAUCGUUUUAUUUUCUUAUGGAUCUGGUUUGGCCGCAUCAAUGUUUUCAAUAACAGUAAAUAAUAAUUCUGAUUCUUUACAAAAUAUAAUUACAAAUUUGAAUGAUAUAAAAACUCGGCUAGAACAACGCCAAAAAAUUGAACCCAAAAAGUUCGAGGCUAGUCUCGAAUUACGACAAGAAACCAGUCAUAAGGCUCCUUACGAACCCGUUAGUAGUAUUGAUAGUUUCUUCCCAGGAACUUACUAUUUGGUUAAAGUUGAUGAAAUGUUUAGAAGAUUUUACAAUAGAGUUCCCUUACUUACUAAUGGUUAUUCUUAGUAUUUCAUCACUGAAAUAUUAGUAUUAUUAAAGUGGAUACAGUAAAACAAAUAAUUAUGCUACAAUUUUUAUGCAGAGCUGCGAAAAAACUAACAAGUGGAUAAUUAAUAUUUCAACCAACCAAAAUCAUUGAUUAUUAUUAAUGUGGUAUAUUUGCCUUUUGUAUAGUUCUUCAUAUAUCAAUUGCAGAUUAUAAACAUUUUAUGAUUUUAUUAUUUUUAUAAAUACUUCGUAUUCGUUAAAAGGCAAUCGCCCAUGGUCUAAAGGACGCCAUAUUUCUAUUUAUUAAGAGAAAUUCAUGAAUUAAUUGAGCCACGCCACUGCUUAUCACAUGCUGUCUGGCAGCAAUAGUACAAAGAAAUUGUGUACAUACGCCUUCCCACAGCUUCGGCCAAUAGAAAUGCAUGUUUACGAUUCGAUGUUUUCAUUAGUAAACAAUAGAGAUAUGAGUCCACGUGGAUUGACGGUUUGUUAGAUGUUUACCGCAUUUUGUACGGGGAGUAAACAUUAUUUUUCAUUUCUUAAUUUGGUAUGAGUGUAGUGCGUAUUUAUGAAAUAUUGAUUGUUCCUCUCAUAACUGUCUUCUGCAAUUGAUAUUGGAAGAAGUAUAUCAAUAACUGUUUCUGAGAUUUUUUUUAGCUUAUUCUAUAUAUGCUUUCCAUUUUUUUCUAUCACGUCUAGAUUUCAUUUAAUAAUCUAAUUACACUCGACUAUGAUAUGGAUUUUAUGAAGAAAAACAAGUUCCUUUACACAUCAACAAUACAAAUUUUGUUUUCAAUAUUAGUCUACCUGUAGUUUUAUCACUGCAAAAUGCUUUAGAAAAAGUAUCAAAAUAAAGAGUCUGUACUCAACACUAGUACUUGACAUCAAUGUCAAUUACUAAGAACUUUAACUUUCUUGUUUUAGUAUUUGACACCAUGAUUAUUCCUCCUUUGGAGGUUAGAAUUCAAUUUUUCUUGAUGAACACUCAUUCCUUCUAUAUCUGCACAUCAAAAUAUUAUAACUAUAAUUGCAAAGAAGCAAAGUUUAAUGAAAAAAUACAAAUAUAAACUUACCUUUGUUUGCAGAAUGUCAUAAAUGUUUUUUAAUUCCUUGUUUCGCAGUCGAUAAUGUCAAAUACUAACACGAUAUCAAGUACUAGUACGUUUACGUUACAGAGAUGUAUGAAUGAUAAUAAAUAGUUGACAAAGGAUGAAUUUUGAAUAAAUUUAAACAAAAAUCAUGAAGGCAUUUUGAAGUAUGUAAAAUUAGAUAAGAUGGGUCUCUUGGCAAUCCCUAUUGAGAUUUCAACAGUAACGUACUAUCUUGGUACCAUUUUUCCAUUUCUUUAAAGUCUUUUUAGAACUUAACCUUGCUCUUCACUGUAAUUCCCUAAGUUCUCAGGGAAAUGGUCAAGGAGGGAAUGUAGAAAGAGAGAGUUUUUUCACUCUUUAUUGUUGCCCAGAAAACAGCGUACAAGUUUUUUCAUCCAAGCUAAUUUUUCUGUCUGAUUCAUACUUUUUAUUUAAAUUUGCGUCUUCUAUCAAAAUUCGGCUGGACUGGACUGGACCCACGAAAAUUCCCAUCUUGACUUUUUUUGAAAUAUUUUUUCUGAAAGAUACAAAUUGCUUUAUCAAUUAGGGCUUCCUGUACAGCUGUGGUAGCAAAAUCUACGGUUCGUGUAGGAUGUUUUUCAUACCAGGUACAAAAUUUUAUCGUUUAGGUCAUAAUUUUUGCUUCCACAAUCUCUACAGUCUCAUUCACAUGAGAAGAACGGAAUUUUCGUAUAACCUAGCUGUUGACCUAACAGAAGACAUAUCAAAUCGCCACACACAAGCCAUUGGUGCUCCGCAUAUGUGAUGUCGCCCAAUAUAUUUUUAUAUGUGAACGAAAUGGGCAAUAGAAGGGAGGGGUAUUUAUUGCCAUUAUCUAGAAGAACUUCUUUGAGAGGAAUCAAUGAAAAAUCUCGACUCAGACGUUUCCAAAAUAUUUCAUUAGAUCAGGAAUAUUACAGAACACGAUUGAAUCUUCAAUGAAAAGUAGUAAAUCUUGUUCUUUAUAGCGAUACCAUGAAAAUAAUUUACCUGGGGAUAAGAGACUUUUUGAUUUCAAUUUUAAGCCUACAAUUUCAAAUGCCUCUUUCGUUAGUUUUAAAUCUCUAACCAAAUCAUUUAAUUCUGCUUGGGUAAACAGCUGUGGUUCAUUGCGUCUUCCUGGUGUAAAUUAAUCCUCUGAUGAAUGGACUUCACUCUCAGAUUUAGCUGAUACAUCGAUCAAAAUGUCAGGUGGAUCGGUAGAUCUGGUCCAUGUGGUACAGGUCGUAUUGCAAAAGGAAUGAUGUAGUAGACAUUGCUCUUUUUCUUUUUAGAACUGUAUCCACUGGCGUUGAACAUACAAAAAUAGCAGUCAUUUACAUGAUUUUACGGUUCACGCUUUACCAUAGAGAUCCCAAAGGGCAUUUGCUUCUUUUUUCCUGCCUUCCAAAGACGCAAUCCUUCUACACAGAUGCCACACACUUUAGCCCAUGAUUGUCUUGAUUUCCAAGUAUUAAGUUGAAAUAGGCAAAAUACAGGUUCUUUGCUAACCCAUUAAUCUCACUUCUCUGUUACGCUACUGUAAAAUUACCACAAAUAGAACAAAACACUUCCGUUUCGACUCGCUCAUUUUGUAUCGACACAGUUAUCGGAGGAAGAAAAAUAAAUGAACUUGUUUUCGGCAACUUGCAAAAAAAGAUGUCUGCAGUCAAGGAAUUUGCGCUCGUCAGUAAGUUGCCGACAGACAAAAGAAACAUGUAACAGGCCGACGUUGUACAUGUAAAUCCUAACUUCAUACGAGAAUCGUGACUGUACACUUCACGCGUUGUACACGCUUAAUCACCGCGUUGCGUCGCGUGUGUAUGAUUAUUUAGUGGCCGGGAAUUAAUCCUCACAAUAGAAAUUAUCUAUUUAAGAGUUAACCAGACGUGGUAGGAAAAAAAAAGAAUUGCAUUUUUUAAAUCAGCGUGAAAACUGCUUAAAGAAGAUCUUUUGUCAUUUUUUCAUUAAUGCAGAGUGGUGUUAUUUGUCGAUUUUAAUGUUUUCCACUAUAACAACUAUUUGCAGGUUUCAAAUUAAAUUUUAUCAUGACUUGAAUAUAAUACAUAAUAUAAAAACACAGAAAUGUGAAUUUUUUGCAUUGACAUAUUACAUAGAUAGUAAACUAGAGAAAGUCUUUAAUAGUAGUUUUUAUUGUAGUUACUUUGAGGAAAGUUGAUUUACUGACUGAGUUGAACAUUUAUUACAGAGAACAAAAGUGUGAAAACAGAAUUUGUCUUCCAGCUAUAGCGAUAAGCAAAAUAGAAACUGGGAAAUGAUUUCCCUUCACACCAAUGUUCUCACAAGUGGUAUUCCGAGAUUGAAUUCAAAAUAUCCAUUAUUUUAUGAAUACUAUGGAUAAUUAUGGAGCAUUAUUCCAAAGUUAUUUUGUGGAUGGAUACAUUUACAUAUUUCUAUUAAAAAAUCUGCAUUCAUAUGAUGCACCACAAUAAAUUAUUUUUAUUAUAAAAUUUUCAUCAUAUUUAUCAUACUAUGCUAUAAAAGUAAGAUGAAAAUGAAUCUACAAUCUUAAGAGACAGUUAUUGAAAAUACGAAUGAAAUAAUAUUGUGCUGGUUGGAUUUAACACAUACAACAAACUAUUCACACAACCGGUGAAGAAAAUUUUACCCAUCCCAUAGUUUGCGUAAUACACAAAAAAUAAAAACAAUUCAGUAGGUUUUCAUAUUUAUUGCUUAAAGAACACAUAUAGAAAAGAAUAUAGUAAUUAUAAAAAUACAAUCGGUUUUAUAUUUGAAUUUGUGAUUCAUCAAUCUUUUUGGUUUUAUUAUUUCGGUGCACAAUUUUGGCAUACUCUGUAAUAAUUUCGACAAAUAAUCGUCGUCGAUUUGGUUCCAUUCGUUAUUCAGGAUAUUCCAUGUGAAGUGGAAUUAGGAAACUGCUUUCCGACUUCCCUGACCAACUUGCCCCACAACAACUAAAUCGUGUUGAGGUCGGGCGAUUGUGUCGGCCAAAUCAUUAUUUUCACAACAUUCUCGUUCCCCUUUCAAUUCUUUCAAAUACUCUUUGCACAACUUCGAGGAAUGCUUGGGAUCGAUGUUAUGCUGGAAGAUAAAUUUUAUGCCGAUCAGAGCUAGGCCAUAACGUACUAUCUUCUUCUUCUACUUCUUGGAGAUCUGUCGAUCUGUUAAUUCUGAAGCUGCCUCUGCAUCUUUUCCUGAGAGGUGGAUUGCCAACUAUCAUUCCACCUUUUAGGUGGUCUCCCGGGAGGCCUUGUGCCGGGCGGGUUGUUUUCUUGGACUAUUCUCGGAAGUCUCUUUUUGUCCAUCCGUCUUAUAUGGUUGUACCACUGCCUCUUACGUUGUUUUCCCCAUUUCACAAUGUCUUGUAUCCCGCAUUGCUCUUUGACAUCUGUAUUUCUUACUCUGUCUCUUCUUGUUUUCCCCACUAUUGUUUUUAGUGUUUUCAUCUCGGCCACCCCCAGCAUUUGUUUCGUCUUGUUGGUGUCCUCGCGGACUUCCGUGCCGUACGUCAUGAUGGGUCUGAUACAAGUCUUGUAGAUUCUAAUUUUGCUAUCUUUGCGCAUGUACGAGUUGACCAGACUAUAUCUCGUAGGCAUCCUGAUAGUGCGGAUGCUUUGUUAAUCUGGCUUCUUAGGUCUUUAAUUGGGUCGUGGGAACUUGAUAUGUCUAUGCCCAGAUAUCUGAAUUGCAUAACAUGUUUUAUGGGAUUGUCCUCCACCACCAGCUUACAUCUUGAGACAUGUUACUUUGUUUAUAAUUUUAUCCAUGAGGAGAAUAAAUAAGAAGGGACUUCGACUGUCACCCUGUCUAAUUCCUCCCGGUGUUGGGAUAUUUUCAGUGAAUUGAUCUCCUACCUUGACCUUUGUUACGUUAUUGUUAUUUAGGUUAUGGAUUAUCUUCGUUAUGUUUGCUGGUGCCUUAUUUUCCAUCAAUAUAUGCAUAACGUACUAUAUUUUCCAUAAAUAUUGUUUUACAGCCAUCUUUCUUAAAAAUUCCUUUAAUUUUUAUCAGGUGUCCAAACGCCCAUCCUCCAAAACAUCCCCAAACGAUUACCGAGCGUCUGCCGUGUUUUACAGGAAUUACAUAUGGAUCUAACAUCCGUCCUUCCUUUGACCUGCUCAAAAACACUCUUCUCUUGGACCCAAAAAUUUAUAACUUUGACUCAUCACUCCAUAAAACUCUCUCCUACUCUUCAUGUUUCCAAAUUUUUAUGGUCUACAAUUCACAGCAACCUUUUAAUUUUAUUUUGAAGUCUUAAAAGAGGUUCCACUGUCCCCUUCCAAAAAGGCCAGCUUCGCUCAAUCUCCUACAACACGUUUAUCUUCAGCGAGGCCGCAUUGCGCGUUUUCUAUCAUCAAAGCUCUUGGUGGAUACAUAUAUUUUUACGUUGUAGUUCACGGUGCGUCGAAGUCUUUUUAUUUCGGUGGCAGUCUACAUUUGCCUAGACUAUAAAGACUUGCGAUUAAUACACGAUAGUUCCUUGAUUUUAUCCCAGUCUGAAUUUGCAAUGUAUAGGUUCAAAAAGUAUACUUCACAGCACGUUCUUGCGUCUCACAGGGCUAAUUGAGAUUAAACUUCAAUCAUAAACACCCAAGAAUUAAUUCACGGUGGAAGAAUAACAAGUGUCAAUAAAUAACGGACAUUAUUAUUUUCAGUUUCACUUGUAAAUAUGAACGAGAAAUUUGUUUAAGUGUAUUAUUUUGGAAUUUAAUGAAUAGAUUAUGGGGUAGGCAAAAAGUUUUGACCGGUAGUGUAAUUAGAUAAUAUAUGUACUAAAGCAGUAAUGCAUCAAAUGUGCAGCAUACUUAUCUUUAAAAAAUAUUAGACAACUCUAAUUUCGAUUCAAGUGCCUAUCAUAUUACUUGACCACUUUCAUGCAUAAUAAUCAAAAUCUAUUUUCCAAAAAAUUAUAAUUCAUUAUUAAAUGAACGGUAAUUUAAGAAAAAACAUAGAGAACUGCAAUAGUUGAAUAAUUUGUUUUACUUAGAUGUUUAGUAGGUGAUAAUUAGUCUAAUUAUUUAAAUUGAAUUGAUUUGUUUUAUUAUUGACACUUUUUAAUUUAUUUAUAAGACAAAUCAUUAUACUUAUUAUUAAUUGGUGCUAAAUUGUUUUAAUUGUAUAAGGUGUUUUGAAAAAUUAUUUUAUUUAUUCAUCAAUUAUUAUUUUUGAAAAUGAUUUUAUUUUAUCAACAAAUCGAUUAUAAGUUGUCAGUAAAACUCAGAAUAACAAUUUUUGUCUCAUCUGUAAAAUGUACAAUUUCACAGAUCUUAAUUCCUAUCUUAUAUUUAGACAAAGUUAACCUUUUAAAUGAAAUCAGUAUAACAUGAAUCAAGCUUAUAGUAUACAAAAAAAUUGAAAUACAAUAUUCCCCUUUAUUAUAUUUACUAAAUGAAUGUAAAUAAAAAUUUUAUGAAAUAA